UAAAUAUUCCACUGACUGAUCUCAAACUACUGUCUCAUUGGGCUUUCCAACCACUGACAAGUAUAAGCUGACUCGUGACCUUCAUUAGAAGAUGGCGUUUACCCAUGAACACCAAGCUUCAUUAACUGAAAUAAACAAUACUUGAGAAAUCACGAAAUAUGCAGAGCAGCAAUGCAGUUGAGCGGAGAGGAUGAGCUGACUCCUUCCUUCAGGUUGAGCAGUUGGCGGAGAAGGUGAAGGAACGGUUCAGCAAGUCUGCAGCUGCCCUUAUCCUGCUUUAUAGUGUUUGUUGUACUAAUGAGAGCUAUUGAUUAUUACUGCACUCUGCCUGAGGGACCGACCAUCUCUUGACCAUCUCCUAUCGAAGUUGAGGGACCGAUUACCUCAUAAUUACUUUCACUGUCUCCUGUAUUUGACUGAAGAAGUCUGUUGUGCAGGUGAAACUUUUCGGCAAUAUAAAUACCCAGGUGUUGCACACGUGUCUUGGUCAUCAAUUUUUCGAUAUUGUAUUCAUCUGAUGUCUUGUGAAAUAUCUAAUCAGGUUACAGCCCACUUCAUGAAGUGAGGAUGUGAGGCUGGUCUGGUCUCAGCUUACUUCAUGAGGUGAAGAUGUGAGUCUAGUCUUGCCUCAGCCCACUUCAUGAGGUGAAAACGUGGGUUUAGUCUGGCCUCAGUCCACUUCAUGUGCUGAAGAUGUGAGUCUAGUCUGGCCUCAGCCCACUUCAUGAACUGAAGAUGUGUUUCUGGUCUUACCUCAGCCCACUUCAUGAGGUGAAGAUAUGAGUUAAGUCUGGUCUCACCCCACUUCAUGAGGUGAAGAUGUGAGUCUACUCUUGCCUCAGCCCACUUCAUGAGCUGAAGAUGUGAGACUAGUCUGCCAUCAGCCCACUUCAUGAGACGAAGAUGUGUUUCUAGUCAUGCCUCAGCUCACUUCAUGAGUUGAAGAUGUGAGACUAGUCUUCUUUCAGCCCGCUUCAUGAGAUGAAGAUGUGAUUCUAGUCUUGUCUCAGCCCACUUCAUGAGCUGAAGAUAUGACUCUAGUCUGGCCUCAACCCACAUCAUGAGGAAAAAAUGUGAGUCUAGUCUGGCAUCAGCCCACUUCAUGAGGUGAAGAUGUGAAUCUAGUCUUGCCUCAGCCCACUUCAUGAGAUGAAGAUGUGAGUCUAGUCUGGCCUCUGCCCACUUCAUGAGGUGAGUCUCAGUAGUUGACACUUUUAUGAAGUAUAGUCAACAGUCUCAUUAUUUCACUAUUUUUUAUGAAAACUGUUUAAUAUCGGGUCAGAAUCAGUUCUCUUAUUUACUUUUUUAUGUAAGAGAUAGAGUAAGAGACGAGAUUAAAAAUAAAACAAGCAUAUGAAUGACCACGGGUGAUGUGAUGUCGCAAGGUGAACACACCACAGACAUUCACAGUUGGGCUUACGUGGUGUAAGCCCAAGCAGUUUAACCUGAAAGGUCGAUGUGUGUCUAGGUCACUAGCCUAAAGUUCGUCCCUCCCUCCCUCUCUCUCUGCUCUGUCUGGUUGCGAUAUCUGGUACCCAGUUGAUAGUGUAUAUAUAUAUGUUGACGACGACUCACUAGAGCACACAACGGACACGCUACCUCUGAUCCACUCCAAAAUGAAAUUUACGUGGCUUCUUCUGCUGUUCUGCAUGGUGGUGACUGUGGUUCUAGCUGCUCCAGACUCCCAGUACGGUGCCCCAGCUCCUCCACCCCAGUACGGUGCCCCAGCUCCUCCACCUCCUCCACCUCCCCCACCGCCCCGAUAUGGCAGCUACGCUCCUCCGCCUCCCCCACCUCCUCCACCUCCCCCGCCUUCACCGGCUCCCGGGAAGAAAGGCGGUGGCAAGAGAGAAGCUUUCGUCGGCCUAUUGAAAACUGUCUUGAAAGCUCUCCUGGGAAAGGGAGGCAGUGGCAAGAAAGCUGCUGCCCCUCCCCCUCCCCCUCCACCACCUCCUCCUCCUCCUCCUCCUCGCUACGGCGGCUACGGCCGGUAGACUGUUUUCUCUUCUUUGUUCAUUUUCCUCUGCAUUCAUCCAUCAUAUUUAUCAACAUUGUUGACCGUAGUAUAAAAUGAACUAAACAAAAAGACGAAAUAAAACACCGUGAAUUAUAAAAUCUUAAAAGUGUCAGAGAUGAAAGUGUAAAAUAUGUCACUGACCCGAAUUCCUUGAGGAAGACCAACACUGUGUACUAAUUGUCUGACCAUAGAUUACGAACUCUCGAACAAUGUUCAGUACAUCGGGAAGCAUUUAACGAUGACUUCCCAAUUCAUUAACACUACAUUACCCGUGUGGGCACCAGGCUGGUAGACAACAACCAUCCAGGGAGGUGCUGCGGUCCUGUCAAAUGAGUGUCAAAUAGAAAUCUGAUGUAGGAGUGCUGAUCUUUCUUCCUCUCUUUAUCACAUAAGAUGACAAGUAAAUUUUGCGAUCUUACAUUUGUAUUCAGUA